AGAUUUUACAGACGGCUGCUUGUGUGUCACUGUCAAAAGGUAGGAGCCGUAGGCAGAUGGCGAAAGUGGAGCUGACACCGCUUAGAGCCUGGGAUGACUUCUUUCCAGGCACGGAAAGGUUCGCUAAACCGGACACCAAAGACCUGGCGAAAUGGAACAACAGAGUUGUCAGCAACCUGCUUUAUUAUCAGACUAACUAUUUGACGCUGGCCGUCGUUGUUUUUCUCAUCGUCGGGUUCCUCAACCCUCUGGGGAUGUUCACAGCCAUGGCGGUGGUGUCAGCCAUAUUCCUGGGGUCUGUGUGGGCCGGGGAGAACAGAGCUAUUAUAAGCAACUUUAAGAGGCAGAAUCCCACAGCGUUUUUGAUUGCUGUCAUGGUGGCCAGCUACGUUGUAAUCUCUAUACUGGGGAGUGUAAUGGUGUUUAUGUCUGCAAUCACGUUACCUCUGGCUAUGAUAUUUGCACAUGCUUCAUUUCGCCUUCGUAACAUGAAAAACAAACUGGAGAACAAGAUCGAAUGUGCAGGACUGAAGAGAUCACCCAUGGGCAUUUUGCUGGAAGCCCUGGGUCAACAAGAGGAGAACAUUCAGAAAAUCCAGAGCUUUCUGGAGGGAAAAAUCAAGGAGUGACUGGACUUGGAAAUGAGCAGACACAUACAAAUACUUUCUGACCAAAGAUUGUACCAUUGCUUUCCAUUGAUAUAACCCAUUUUGAAUCUUUCUAUUUCUUUUAAGAUGAGCUUUCUAAUAUGGCAUGUUCACGUGUGUAUGUUCUGAAAAGAAAAUCUUUGAUUCAAAGGGCUCUAUUUUUUCCUUGGAGUAUCUGUCACUCCACCUAGUCCUAGAACUCGUCAAGUCACUUUUCUUAAAUGGUGAAAGGACAUCUAAGCACUCCUUCACAUCUUUGCUAUGCAAUCUGUUCCUGUGCAGCUCAGCUGCAGACUUCUUCCCAAGUGUUAAAUCUGAACAGUCUGAAACAGCUGUCAGUGCUGCAAGUUUACUCUAAAAUUCUAAAGGGAUGCAAGUGUUGCUUUGUAAUAAGAAUAAAAAGGGCAAACUCAACACUCAUCGCCAAGGUAUUCUAAAGGGCUUGAAUGUUUCAAGUUUGUAAAUAAUGUCUCCUCCAGUAAAACUUAACUGUAAAUCUCUGUAUGUAUUUGAAUAGAAACCAAACAAACAGAUGGUAAUGCAAAUAAAAAGAGCCAGACAAAAAUG